AGCUGGCUGCUGCUGUGUGAGGCGGAGCGCAGAGGAGCCGCGCGGGUGUCUCGGGCGGAGGCUGCGCCUCCCCCGCCUCUUUCCCAGCCCCUCCGCACCUGCCCCAGCUCCAUGCCCACAAGAUGGAGGCGGCGGCGCUGGUGUGAGGGGGGAGCCCGUGCCCAGGUGCGUGCCUGGCGGGCGUUGAGGCGGAGAUGCUGCUGGUCUAUGUGAUCCUGAUCUCGGCGCUGGCCGGUUCCUGCAUCACGCUGCUGCUCCAGCUGCUGCUGCUUUACAGGAGGAAGCCGGAACCCCCCGCGGUGGCCAGAGCCUCCGGCGGCCUCUUCUACGCCAGGGUCCUGCCUGACCACAGCCUCAGGGACUAUUUCCACGGCUCAGACCCGGCGGGCAGCCAUCCGCCCCAGGAGCCUGCCCCUGCCGCCGCCUCCGCUACUGCCCCCUCCCCUGGCGCCGCCAAGCCUCAGGCUGAGCCCGCCGCCAAGCAGCAGCAAGAGCCCUCUGCGUCCCCCGUCUCCCGAGAGGAGACCUGCUACUUCCUCAAUGCCAUCUGCCUCUUCCUCUUCAGGGAGCUCAGGGACACCUCCCUGGUCAGGCACUGGGUCACCAAGAAGAUCAAGGUGGAGUUCGAGGAGCUGCUGCAGACCAAGAUGACGGGCAAGGUGCUGGAGGGGCUCAGCCUCAGGGAUGUGUCGCUGGGCGACGUGGUGCCCCUCUUCAAAUCCAUCAAGCUCAUCCGGCCAGUGAUCUGCAGUGACGAGGGCUGCCCCGAGGAACUGAGCUUCGAGGUGGACCUGGAGUAUAAUGGUGGUUUCCACCUAGCCAUCGAUGCAGACCUGGUCUUUGGCAAGUCGGCGUAUCUCUUCGUCAAGAUCUCCCGGGUGAUGGGGAAGCUGAGACUGGUCUUCACCCGCUUGCCCUUCACGCACUGGUCCUUUUCUUUCAUGGAUGAUCCUGUGAUCGGCUUUGAGGUGAAAUCCCAGUUUGAGGGGAGGCCCAUGCCCCAGCUCACUUCUAUCAUCGUCAACCAGUUCAAGAAGGUCAUCAAGCGCAAGCACACCUUACCCAAUUAUAAAAUCAGGUUCAAGCCAUUUUUUCCAUUUCAAGUUAUGUCACCUGAGGAAUAUGAAGAUCGGGAUCUCAACAUACAAGAUUUUCCAUUGACAGAAGGCCGACUUAAAAUUACCUUAAUAGAAUGUACAAGAUUACUGAUUUUUGGAUCCUAUGAAAGAGAAACGAAUGUUCAUUGCACGUUUGAGCUGAGCAGUAAUGUCUGGGAAGAAAAAUCUCGGAGUUCCAUUAAAACGGCAGAACUAAUUAAAGGGAAUUUACAAAGUGUUGGACUCACUCUCCGUCUAGUUCCGUCUAAGGAAGAGGAUGGAGGACAUGUUGUUGUUGAAACUGUUACACCAAACUCACCUGCUGCAGCUGCUGAUCUUCAACGAGGAGAUAGACUUAUAGCGAUUGGAGGAGUUAAAAUCACAUCGACUGUUCAAGUGCUCAAGCUUAUCAAGCAGGCUGGUGACCGAGUUUUAGUGUUCUAUGAAAGGCCCGUUGGUUAUAAUCAGCAUGGUGCAGGACUCCAGGAUGGUUUUGGACAAUUAGAAGACCCUGCUUUUCUGGCACACCCAGAAGAGGAACAAACUUAUGUUUCAGCAGAUGCUGAUAACAAAGAACUGGAUUCAGAAUUUGAAGAUUUAGCUUGUGAGAUAAAGUCACCUGAGCUCAAAGAAGAGAUGCCAACAACUCAGAGUCCCAAACGUUCUGUAGUAACGUUUGCUACUAAACCACUUGGAACAAUAUCUCCAAUUCUAAAUCGCAAGCUGCAUUUAGGAAAUUAUCAGACUACUUUAAAAACACAACCAAAAGAUGGAAUCAAACUGGUAGUGCCCAAAAGUUCCGAGGGUCAGGACACAUCACAACAAUCAGUUAGACCACCUCAGGGGAGCAGUACUAAACCUCCUGUACCACCUAGGCCACAAAUUAAACUUACUUUGCCUUCUAGUGAAACUCAAAAUAUGUUAGAAACAGGAGACGUAUCUUCUGAAAAACCAGAGAGGCCUCCUCCACCUGCAAACAAUGGAGAUAAAUGCACAGCAAAGGUAACAAAAAAUAAUGAUCAAGUGGAAGACCCAGAGAUAUCAAAACCAACAAUAACAAAACCAGAAAUAGUAAAAGAUACAAUUUCAGAAAAUUCACGUAGUUCUAAGGAAAGUGGCGAUGACCAACAUACAUGGGAAUCACCAGAAAUUCCUUAUCGCAAUCGACAAGGUCGAUGGGCAAGGAUAAGGGCAUCCUCCUGUAUAUUUGAAGUGGAAGGAUACCAUAAGUACCUUAAUGUUGCACUUUGGUGCAGAGACCCUUUCAAAAUGGGUGGUCUUAUCUGUUUAGGACACAUAAGUAUAAAACUUGAAGAAAUUGCUUUAGAUUGUAUAGCUACAUCAUCCAUGGAAUACCUUAGAACACUUAGAUUAAACGCUCCUGCACCUAAAGCAGCAGUCACUAGAACUGCUUUGCGCAAUUUGACAGUGCAUAAGGGAUUCAAUGAAAAGUUUUGCUAUGGCGAUAUAACUUUACACUUUAAAUAUCUAAAAGAAGGGGAACCAGAAGACUCAAGUUUUCUGCUGGAGAAAGAAAAGGAAUAUAAUUUGGUAGAAGAAGUUCAUGCACUUCAGAAAGAGGAUCCUUAUCUGGGACAAAUGAUUUUUACGGAAAACAAGCAUAAUUUUCAAGAUACGCAGUUCCAGAAUCCAACCUGGUGUGACUACUGCAAAAAGAAGGUUUGGACUAAAGCAGCUUCCCAGUGCAUGCUCUGUGCUUACGUUUGUCAUAAAAAAUGUCAAGAAAAAUGUCUAGCUGAAACCCCAUUUUGUGUAGGAGCUGAAAGGAGACUUGACCGAAUUAUGGGAAGUUAUAGGAUGGACGGGCAGGAAGCUCCUCAAGCUGUAUCUUCUCGUGUUGAUUCAGAAUCUAAAUCUGUGAACAAAACCACAGGUUUAACAAGACAUAUCAUCAACACAAGUACUCGUUUGUUAAAUCUUCGUCAAGUCCCUAAAGCUCGCUUUGUUGAGCCAGGGAUGGACAUCGUAGAACCUUCACCAAAGCACACUCCAAACACUUCAGAUAAUGAAAGCAGUGACACUGAAAUUUGCAGUCCAAAUAGUCCCUCAAAACGUGCAGCAAGCACAGGGAUAAAGUUAGCAAAAAAGGAGGGAGGACUAGAUGACAAUGUCUUUGUUGCAGUAAAAGAAAUUGGCCGUGAUCUCUAUAAAAGCUUGCCUACAGAGGAAAGGUUCCAGAAAUUAGAGUUCAUGUUGGAUAAACUGCAGAAUGAAAUAGACCAAGAAUUGGAAAAUAAUAAUUCACUCAUUCGAGAAGAAAAAGAGGCAGGUGAUGCAAGGAAAAAAGCGCUAAUUUCUGCUGCAUUGGCUAAAUCAGGUGAAAGACUGCAAGCCCUUACGCUGCUUAUGAUCCACUACAGAGCAGGCAUUGAGGAUAUAGAAUCUUUGGAAAAUGCACCUUUAGACCAGCAAUCCAGGAAAGUGACUAAAUAUGCAGAAGACACUAGCACUGCAGAAGAAAUGGAUCAUGAAAAUGUCAGUGUGACAGAGGCUCCAACAUUCAACAGCAUAUCGGAAGAACCGCUUGACACUCCUCGUUCAGUAGACUGAGAGUUGCAUAUUUGGCUUUCGGAAGAAUGGAUUGAAAAGAAUACUUUGCACUUAAUAAAAAAAAAUCAGAUAAGUCAAAAUUUAAUUAAACACUGGUACAAUGUACAUGACCUGCUUCACCACAGUUAUUUGCCUGUGUAAGAGUAAGGUUAGUAGAGCUAUUUUUCCAGCAACAGUACCAUCCUUUUGUUAAACAGGCUGGUUCAAAUUGUGUUAAAACUACAUUUUUGGGUUUAUACUGGGAGUUUAUUUUUAAUAAUUUAUUUUUAACUUUUUUCUAAUUAUGUGAGCUAACAUUUCAUGUUAAUGUAUAUGUGGUGUCCUUUGUGUAUUAUUGACCUUUUUUGUUUUUGAAUUAGUGAUUUGAACAGGAAAGUUUUGAACAGAAUUUUUGAAAUGUUUGAUUUCCAUUAUAUGAUGAAAACAUUGUGAGCUUGCUGCAUGCCUAAACUGAUGACAACACAGCAGUCAUUGAGGGACCAGGUUUUGAAAUUUUGAUCAUGUUGCAUUGAUUUAUGUCUUCUGAAUAGUUGUAUAUUUUUUGCCAAAUGUAUCAUGAAAACACUGUGGCUUUUAUUUUGUCUGUUAUAACAACUGUCCAGUAAAGGUAUUAUUGCAUAUCAA